GUGAGGCUACAGGAGGUCCCGCUCCGGACACUUCGGGGGUCCGCACCACGGGAGCCCAAGUUGUUCUGCAGGACCUACGGGCUCAGGGACCGCUUGCAGAGCGCGUGGUACGCAGUCGCUGCAGAACUGCCCGCGACAGGUGCAAACUCAGGAUCCGCUGCGCGGUUCGGUCCUCGCCAUCGGGUGUCGCGGGUGGAUGCGAGUCCGCUGAGCGUCCGAGAUGGCCGUGCGUCCCGGGCCGCUCUGGCUGCUGGGCCUGGCUCUGUGCGCUCUGGGCGGCGGCCACGGGCCACGUCCCCCACACACCUGUCCCCAGCGUCGCCUGGGAGCGCGCGAGCGCCGAGACAUGCAGCGAGAGAUCUUGGCGGUGCUCGGGCUACCUGGACGGCCCCGACCCCGUGCGCCACCCGCCGCCUCCCGGCAGCCAGCGUCCGCGCCCCUCUUCAUGCUGGACCUGUACCACGCCAUGGCCGAUGACGACGACGGCGGGCCCCCUCGGCCUCACUUGGGCCGCGCCGACCUGGUCAUGAGCUUCGUCAAUAUGGUGGAACAUGACCAUACCCUGGACUACCAGGAGCCACACUGGAAGGAAUUCCUCUUUGACCUAACCCAGAUCCCUGCUGGGGAAGCUGUCACGGCUGCUGAGUUCCGGAUAUACAAAGAGCCCAGCACCCACCCGCUCAACACAACCCUCCAUGUCAGCAUGUUCGAGGUGGCCCAGGAGCACUCCAACAGGGAGUCUGACCUGUUCUUUUUGGAUCUUCAGACGCUCCGAUCUGGGGACGAGGGCUGGCUGGUGCUGGACGUCACUGCAGCCAGUGACCGCUGGUUGCUGAACCAUAACAAGGACCUGGGACUCCGCCUCUAUGUGGAAACCGAGGAUGGGCACAGCAUGGAUCCUGGCCUGGCUGGUCUGCUGGGACAACAAGCACCACGAUCCAGACAGCCUUUCAUGGUUACCUUCUUCAGAGCCAGCCCAAGUCCUGUGAGGGCCCCUCGGGCAGUGAGGCCACUGAAGCGGAGGCAGCCAAAGAAAACAAAUGAGCUUCCACAUCCCAAUAGACUCCCCGGGAUCUUUGAUGAUGGUCACGGCUCCCGAGGCAGAGAUGUUUGCCGUAGGCAUGAGCUCUACGUCAGCUUCCGGGACCUCGGCUGGCUGGACUGGGUCAUUGCCCCCCAGGGCUACUCUGCCUAUUACUGCGAGGGGGAGUGCGCCUUUCCACUGGACUCCUGUAUGAAUGCCACCAACCAUGCCAUCUUGCAGUCCUUGGUACACCUGAUGAAACCAGAUGUCGUCCCCAAGGCAUGCUGUGCCCCCACCAAGCUGAGCGCCACCUCUGUGCUGUACUACGACAGCAGCAACAACGUCAUACUGCGCAAGCAUCGCAACAUGGUGGUCAAGGCCUGUGGCUGCCACUGAGGCCCUGCUCGACAGCCUGCUUCUGCUGCCAUCCCCAUCUGACCACGCCCCUUCCCAGAGGCAGGAAACCCUCAUGUGCUAUCAUAGCUAGACAGGGGCAACGGGAGGCCCUUACUUCCCCUGGCCACUUCCUGCUAGAAUUUUGGUCCUUUCCCAGCUCCUCUAUCCCCUUCUUGGGGUUUGUGGACUAUUGCCCUCCCUUCCCAGUCCUCCCUACUCCAAGCACAGACUGAAUGCACACGGCACCCUACCCCAAGCACAGAGCUGUGCCCACUUAGGGGCCUGGGGUCAGCACUGUAGCCCACAUUAGGGGAGACUGACCCUUGGCCAUCCCCAGCCCAGAAUGGCCAACUUGGGAUGGGCUAAGGUGGUCCUGGAGUCUGGAACUGGCUGAUCUGGGCUCUGCACCAUUCCCGCCCCACUGCAGGGGGGGUGUCUAGGUGUAACAGACACACACACUUAGACCAGAGCACUGCUACCCUCCUCUCAUGCAGAGUUAGCUUGUUAGAAAAAGCAUAGUCAGAGGCAGGUGUGGUGGUGCAUACCAUUAAUCCCAGUGCUAGAGAGGGAGAGACGGGAUCUCUGUGAGUUCAAGGCCACAUAGGGACACCCUGUCUCAAAAAGGAAAAAUAAGAGAACCAUCUGACUGGACUUCAUGGAUUUCAGGAAAAGGGAGAGGGGCAUUUCAUGACAUGCAUCCUGGGCCUGCACUUCUGCCUAGAAGCAAAGGACCCCGGGAACUUCUAGUUCCCUCUACCACCGCUACCUUGCUGACCAAUUUGGGGAUGGGCACAGAGAUAGGGUGAACCCUUAGCAGAAGCAAGAACACACUGAGGUCCAGGUUCACAGUAGACGCCACUGCUUCUUCUAGCUGACGGCCUGCGUCAGUGAUCUCUCCAAGUGUCUCACGCUGCGCCUGAACACCCAUAGCACCGAGCUGCAGAUGGCCGCCACCAGCCACUUAGAGGAAAAGACCUGGCCUUCCUCUUCCUUCCCGAAGAACCAUCCAUUCCACCCAGGGCACCCACGGCCCUCCAGCCAGGCGUGGGGCAAAGGGGAGGAGCGUCAGCGUUUGCUUAUGUCUGGGAACUAAGAACAGGCUGGUCACCAAGAUAGCGUCACCCCGGGGGCCCAGCAGCCCCAUCCUGUUUCUGGGACCUGUGAGUCAAAGAAAAGGUCCCUGUCCCAGGGGACUGACAGGUGGUAAUUAGGCUGAGUUGGGUGGGGAGGCUCAGAAACCACUGUUCUCCUUGGAGCAGUGGCUGGGAGCUGGAGUGUUUAUUUGAUUUCUGACUUGCUAAGCCUGUAAUUUACCUGCGGGAACAGAGUCCAGCUGCCCAAACUGUGUCAUUAAGAGCAGGUCGUGGGCCCAUCCCCAUCUAGAGACACACCCAGCAGAGGUGGACCCACCCAGGUGCUCAGGGAUGCACUCUAUGGAGUUCACACUCUGUACCCCUGAAUGGGCCUCAGGAAGCAUGGGACUGGAAGCCAGAGCGAGGCUGGAGGGAGUGAGCCUGGGGCCAUGUUACAGGAUGGCGGCCUCCUGUGUGAGGCCAGAGCAGGGGACGCUUCCACAUACAUGAAGAAUGGGCCCAGCCUAUCUGCAAGAUGGCCAGUUCCCCAAGAGCUUCAGGCUUCUGGAGGCUGGAGAGAUGGUUCAGCAGUUAAGAGCACUGGUUGCUCUUGCAGAGGACUGGAAAUAAAUUCCUAGCACCCACA